AUGCAAUACCGCCCUCCUCCUGCCAUCAGCAGCUCCCGGGUGGGGGAAGCAGCAUCCUCAGCAGCAGCAGCAGCUUCACCUGCACUUGGGCAGCCUGGACCCUCGUGCCCUGCCCCCGGGGCCUCGCGCGGAAAGCGCCCCCCGUUACCCUCUACUGACAGGGUGGAAGAGGAAGAGGAGGAGGAGGAGGAAGACGAAGACCACCAGUAUACAGGACGCAGUUCUGGGCUGCUCCAUCUCUCCAGAGACUGUGGAAGGGGAUUGGGGAAAAUUAUGGGGGGCUGCGAGGUCCGGGGUUUUCUUUUGCAAUUUGGCCUGUUCUUCCCUCUGUUGACAGCUCUGCCCGCGGACUGCAGUCACGUCUCCAACAACCAAGUUGUCUUGCUUGAUACUACAGCUGUGCUUGGAGAGCUAGGAUGGAAAACAUAUCCAUUAAAUGGGUGGGAUGCCAUCACUGAAAUGGAUGAACAUAAUCGACCCAUUCACACUUACCAGGUAUGCAAUGUAAUGGAACCAAACCAAAACAACUGGCUUCGUACAAACUGGAUAUCACGAGAUGCAGCCCAGAAAAUCUAUGUGGAAAUGAAAUUUACUCUGAGAGAUUGCAACAGCAUUCCCUGGGUCUUGGGAACUUGUAAAGAAACGUUUAAUCUCUUCUACAUGGAAUCUGAUGAGUCCCAUGGAGUUAAAUUCAAGCCAAGCCAAUACACAAAAAUUGAUACUAUUGCUGCUGAUGAGAGUUUCACACAGAUGGAUUUGGGGGACCGCAUCCUUAAGCUCAACACUGAAGUUCGUGAAGUUGGACCAAUAAACAGGAAAGGAUUUUUUCUUGCUUUUCAGGACAUUGGAGCUUGUAUUGCUCUGGUUUCUGUUCGUGUUUUCUACAAAAAGUGCCCUUUCACUGUCCGCAACUUGGCUAUGUUUCCUGAUACCAUUCCAAGAGUUGAUUCUUCCUCUUUAGUAGAAGUUCGGGGUUCCUGUGUUAAGAGUGCUGAAGAGCGGGAUACUCCAAAACUAUAUUGUGGAGCUGAUGGAGAUUGGCUAGUACCUCUGGGGCGAUGUAUCUGCAGUGUAGGAUUUGAGGAAGUAGGUGGUUCCUGCCAUGCACCAUCCCUGAUAGGUAAUAUAAGGAAGGACUGGGCAUCCCAAAAUAGCAUUGCCCUCUCAUGGCAAGCACCUGAGUUUUCCAAUGGAGCCAUUCUGGACUACGAGAUCAAGUACUAUGAGAAAGAACAUGAACAGCUCAGCUAUUCUUCUACAAGGUCCAAGGCCCCCAGUGUUAUCAUCACAGGUCUCAAGCCAGCCACCAAAUAUAUAUUUCACAUCCGAGUGAGGACUGCUGCAGGAUACAGUGGCUACAGUCAGAAGUUUGAAUUUGAAACAGGAGAUGAAACUUCGGACAUAGCAGCAGAGCAGGGGCAGAUUCUAGUAAUAGCCACUGCGGCAGUGGGUGGAUUCACUCUUCUGGUCAUCCUCACCUUGUUCUUUUUAAUCACUGGAAGGUGCCAGUGGUACAUAAAGGCCAAAAUGAAGUCUGAAGAGAAAAGAAGAAAUCACUUACAAAAUGGACACUUGCACUUCCCAGGAAUCAAAACCUACAUUGAUCCAGAUACAUAUGAAGACCCAUCCCUAGCUGUGCAUGAAUUUGCAAAAGAAAUAGAUCCUUCAAGGAUUCGCAUUGAAAGAGUUAUUGGAGCAGGUGAAUUUGGAGAAGUCUGCAGUGGACGUUUGAAAACGCCAGGGAAAAGAGAGAUCCCAGUUGCCAUCAAAACUCUGAAAGGUGGUCACAUGGACAGGCAAAGAAGAGAUUUUCUUCGAGAAGCAAGUAUCAUGGGACAAUUUGACCACCCAAACAUCAUUCGCCUAGAAGGUGUUGUCACAAAAAGAUCCUUCCCAUCCAUUGGAGUAGAGGCGUUAUGUCCCAGCUUCUUGAGGACAGGCUUCUUAAAUAACAUCCCAGCCCCACAUCCAGUUUCAGGGGGAGGAUCUUUGUCCCCCAGGAUACCUACUGGCAGACCGGUAAUGAUUGUGGUUGAAUACAUGGAGAAUGGAUCCCUGGACUCCUUUCUACGGAAACAUGAUGGCCACUUCACAGUUAUUCAGCUGGUUGGUAUGCUUCGAGGGAUUGCAUCUGGGAUGAAGUACCUUUCUGAUAUGGGUUAUGUACAUCGAGAUCUUGCAGCACGAAAUAUUCUGGUCAACAGCAACUUAGUAUGCAAAGUAUCUGAUUUUGGACUAUCUCGAGUACUAGAAGAUGAUCCAGAAGCUGCUUAUACAACAACAGGAGGAAAAAUCCCCAUAAGAUGGACAGCCCCAGAAGCUAUUGCCUACAGGAAGUUCUCAUCAGCCAGUGAUGCAUGGAGCUAUGGCAUUGUCAUGUGGGAAGUGAUGUCCUAUGGAGAAAGACCUUACUGGGAAAUGUCCAACCAAGAUGUAAUUCUCUCCAUUGAGGAAGGCUACAGACUCCCAGCUCCAAUGGGUUGCCCAGCAUCUCUCCACCAACUGAUGCUCCACUGCUGGCAGAAAGAGAGGAAUCACCGACCAAAAUUUACUGAUAUUGUCAGCUUCUUAGACAAACUGAUCCGAAAUCCCAGUACCCUUCAUACUCUGGUGGAGGACAUACUUGUAAUGCCAGAUUCACCUAGUGAAGUCUCAGAAUAUCCUUUGUUUGUUUCAGUCAGUGAUUGGCUAGAUUCAAUAAAAAUGGGCCAAUAUCAAAAUAACUUUAUGGCAGCAGGGUUUACAACUUUGGAUUUGAUUUCAAGAAUGAGCAUUGAUGAUAUUAGAAGAAUUGGGGUUGUGCUCAUUGGACACCAGAGACGCAUAGUGAGCAGCAUACAGACUUUACGUUUACACAUGAUGCACAUACAGGAGAAGGGAUUUCAUGUAUGA